AUGGAAAACAAUACCGUUGAUGUUAUAUCAGGUCUCAAUGGAACAGCUGUCAACUCGCCUACUUAUGUAACACCUGGCAUCACCGGUAGUGGAUAUGCUUUGAAGCUCAUCCGUAACAGUAAUCAGUACAUAAAUAUACCAACAUUCAUAAGCUUCGUUAAAACCAGUUUUACAGUGGAAAUGUGGAUCUAUCCUACUUACAUUAACAGAAACAUUAAUUAUGGACUUUUCGGUCAAUAUGAAGCACAGACUACAGAUCAUGAUUUUUUACUUGCAAUUAUUGGUGGAACAUUAAGGUUAAGUUUUUAUAACGAUGAUGUCAAUAGUGGAACUAAAUUGACGGCAGACAGCUGGUAUCACGUAGCGUUUGUUUACAAUUAUCCAUCUCGAACACAGACCAUUUAUACAAACGGAGUUCAAGAUAUCAGUCGUAGCUCAACCGGAUCCUAUUUAGGUGCAAGUGGUUCUAUUAGUAUUGGAAGCUAUUAUGAUGGUAGCAAUCACGGAUACGACGGUUAUAUCGAUCAAGUGUCACUCACUAUGGCAGCUAAAAGUGCUGGCGACAUUCUUAACGAUGCUACUUUGGCUUCAUGGCAUUCAUUCGACUGUGAAAUUACAUAUGAUUCAGGUCCAAAUAAACUUCAAGGAAAGGCUGUUGACGUCACACCAACACCUGGUAAAGUGAAUCAAGGAUUACAGUUCAGCUUGAGUUCAUCUUAUUAUCAGAUAUCUGGAUAUGUCCUUCUUGGAGUCAUUACCAGAUCAUUUUCAAUGUCUCUAUGGGUACAACGAACAUCGACAGGUGGAGGAACUCUUGUUCAUUACUCGACACAAACAGAUGGACAAGGACGGUGUACUGUUCCAAUAGGAUUUUCCUCUGCUGGUAAUAUAAUCGCGACUGCUUGGGUACCAGACAACCAGGUAACAGGUCCUGUGCUAUCGAUCAACACGUGGACACAUAUUGCCACUACCUAUUCACAAAUGAAUGGGCUUACAUUAUAUGUUAAUGGAGUAUCUGUUGGUAGUACAGGUGCACAGAACUAUAAUGGACCAAGUACAAUAGUUAUUCUGACAUUAGGCAACUCACUAAGUGGUGGCGGAUGUGGUUUCCGAUCAAUGGUACCAUGCCCAUUUUCUGGCUAUUUAGAUGAGUUUCGUGUUUACUCACGAGAACUCAGUGCCACAGACGUCUUUGUACUUAGUAGAGAUAAAACCUGCUUUGAUGGACUUAUGAAUGGAGAUGAAACGGACAUCGAUUGUGGAGGCUCAUGUCUUACAUGCGAUGUGGAUUCCCCAUGUCAAUCAUUAACUUAUAGUGCAUAUAUAUAUUAUUCGACUGGUAAUCAACCAUGGUCAAUUAGUAUUGCUGAUUUAGAUAAUGAUAAUAGCAAUGAUAUAAUCGUUCUCAAUGCAGGUGAUGCAAAUCUUGGAAUUUAUUUUAAUCAAGAAAAUGGAACAUUUCAAACACCGAUAAUAUUACAAACUGCUAAUUAUCCUGUAUUUGUCGGAAGUGUUGAUUUAAAUAAGGAUAAUAAUUUAGAUUUAAUCGUAGCUCAGGCUAAAGAUAAUAGUAUUGGUUUAUUUCUUGGUCUUGGUAAUAAAAGUUUUAACUCACGUAUGAAUAUUGCAGUUGGUUCUUAUCCAUAUGGAAUUGGCAUUGGUGAUUUUAAUAAGGAUGAUAAUCUAGACCUUGUCGCUGUUAAUGAUCAUGCUAAUACUGCCAGUGUUUUAUUUGGAUACAGUAAUGGAAGUUUUGAAAGUGCCAGCACUUUAUCAACAGGUAGUUAUGUAACAGCAGUAGCUGUUGCUGACUUCAAUAGUGAUAGUUAUUCAGAUUUUGUUGUUACUGAUUAUUCUAGUAAUACAGUUAGUUUAUUUAUUAAUUAUGGUAAUGGAAGUUUUCAACAACGUAUAGCUUACUCAACAGACACUUCUCCAUGGGGGAUAGCUGUUGCAGAUUUCAAUCACGAUAACUACAUAGAUGUUGUUGUUGCUAACUAUGAUAGUAAUACAAUGAGUGUGGUAUUAGGAAAUGGAAAUGGAACACUUGGAUCACAAACAUCCUAUGCAACUGGACAAAAUCCGAUGUCUGUAGCAGUAGCUGAUUUAAAUAAUGAUACACAUAUAGAUAUUGUUGUUGCUAAUAGUGGUAGUAAUUACUUAAGUGUUUUUCGUGGAUAUGGUAAUGGUAGUUUUACAACAGCUACAAGCUUAACAACGGAUUGGUAUGUAUCAGCAGUAGCUAUUGCUGAUUUAAAUGGUGACGGCCGAUUAGAUAUAGCCGCUACUACUACAUACUAUGAAACUUUAAAUAUACUUUUCAACAUAUGUUGA